CUCCCACCCCACCACUCUCUCUCUCAUCACUAAAAAAACUCUCUCAUGAACUCACCUGCUCGUCUCCCCACGAUCUUCUUGCCGCCGCCAUCACCCACGCCGGCCGCGCGCAACACUCCCCCAAGCUCCCAUCUUCCUCCGCUCUAAUCCCCAUGGAAGCCACCGCCUCCGCCUCCCUCGCGCGGACCCUCGCCUCCUCGCCGCUCCCCCGCGGCUCCCGCCGUGGCCGAGUGCGCGUGGUCGUGGCGCCGGACCGGCGGAGGAGGGGUAGGGCGGUGCUCACCUCGGCGGCCUCGACGGGCAACUACAUGGUGCCACCUUCCUCCAAGACCAGCCACCUCGUGCUGCGGUUGUUGGCAGUGGCACAGCGAGUCUCCCAACUCACCACCACCGCUGCUUGCCGUCCGUCCCUCCUCCCGUCUAUGGCGGCGGCAACCUCCGACGUCAGCAGGCUCAAUGCGGCGGCGGGCAAGAACGACGACGUCGGCCUCCAAGACCCCAUCCCGGCCUCGGUUGGAAUAUGUAGGUACCAUGCCAACUGGAUGCUCAGCUUCUACGCCCCCGGUGAGCUUCCCCCAUUUGCUGAAUUCUAAAACUGCUCAAAUAUGGUUUGUGAUCCGAGUGGGUCGAUUGAUUUGAUGUUAAUUUGUUUGCUUCACUCUGUUUAUUUAUGGCUACUACUUGUUCUGAGUCGUGCAUCUACACUUGGUGUGACUGAUGUGUACAUGAUCCCAAGCGUGCUGUAGUUUAGCAUGGAUUGGUGAUCUCGUAUUGGAGAGUUCAAGGGCACAUAGGCAGUGUGCCCUUGUAUAUCUAAUCUGAGCAGUUGAUUUCACCUGUAGUGCUUCUACUUGAAAUGUGAUGAUCCACGUGCUAACUGUUUGCUCUUUGUGGUAUUCUUGGAUUUUGCCCUGUUUCUGGUUAAGAUAAUAUGUUAAAUGCAGAAUUAUCGAUCUUCCUUAGUGGAUGUCCAUGGUUUGAUCAUGUGUCGGUUCCUACAAUGCAAGUGUUGAGCUACGUUCCAUUUUUACUAUUCAGUGUGAUAGUUCUUUCACUUUACUACGUUCCCUCUUAAGGCGGGCCACCUUUUACACUAAUAAUGAGUUUGUUGCGCAUUAAUUUAGAAAAUGGUGAUGUAUGGCCUGGUUGAGCUCAAGGUUAAUGGAGACAGCAAUUGUCAGGUCUACCUACCGGAUUCAGUUUUCUAUUUACUUUUUGAGAAUAGUAUAUUUAGUAUCAUUAGUACAGACCUUCUCUACAAGUACUUAUCUCUUUCUGGAUCAUCCUUUUAAGUAGUUUCAGAUAUUGGCUGAUCAAUUUUACCGAACUCCUGAACACCAUAGAUUUGUGCAGCAACAAGUGGUCAAUCAGGUUAGUAUUGUGAAUUCAGGCAUUCCAUCCCUGAUAACCUACAAGUAUAGAGGAUCGCAACAGUUUUCGAGGGUAGAGUAUUCAACCCAAAUUUAUUGAUUCGACACAAGGGGAGCGAAAGAAUAUUCUC